AGUCGCCUAUGACCGUUUUAUUUGUUUUGAGCUUCUAGGAGCAUGUCCCGUUAGCCACUGGGUAGCCUCAAGGCGUCAUUGCAGGUGCCGACCGUUUUAUCUGAAGAACACUAAACUUAACCAUUGAUUAAUGUGUUCUGUGACAGCGAGUGCAUCAACAUUAGGUCAUUGAUUUGUUUUCUUCCGGGAAGUAUAGUUAUUCAGACACCACAGCGUUCCUGACGGACUAGCAUGGUUUCAAAGCGGACGCUGCGACCGGAGGUUCUGUCGGCGUCGGAUGAGGAGUUCCGUAAACUUCCUUUCUGGACAAAAGUAGAACUGAGUCACGAACGCAACAAAUUGAAGGGGACCUCCAAAGCGCAUAUAUUCUGCCGACCCCUGCUGGUUUUUCACCUGUCGACUCAUCUGUACACGGGGUUAGUUUACACAUUACCGGAAGUAUACGCCACGUAUGACCGCGCUGGCCUCCUGCUCUUGAGGUCCCUCUUCCUGUUCUUGGUGGUCAACUGCGCGGCUAACUUUUACCUGACCCUUGCCCAUCUCCGCUUGUUCUCCAGAAACAAACGGUUAAGUGGUUACGCAAUGGACACAAUCAACACAGUUAACCGCGGGGAUGUUAGCGAAUCGUCUUCAACUUUAAGCAUCAUAACUGAAAUAGAUCUCUGUGCUAAUCGAGAUAAGCAUGCGUUUGUCAGUAACGAAACCGUUGAUAACUGGAACAACGGCUUUAACAAAAAAAGAAUAUUCGGUAAUGUCAUUUGCGUUGACAUGCCAACCAAUGGAGCGACCGGAUGGAGCUACUGUGAAGAGUGCGAAACGGACGUUCCACCGAGAGCGUUCCAUUGCUUGUACUGCAAGGGAUGCGUCUUGAAGCGGGAUCACCACUGUCAUGUUCUCGGGACCUGUAUAGGCUUCUGGAACCAACGAUUCUUUGUCGUAGGCUCAACGUACACUGUAGUAACUGGUAUUUUCGGAGCACAUUUAUGUCUGUCAUUUCUUCGUGCAUCCGAGUCGGUGACCUUCGUUGGUUGUUUAUUACCGAUGACGCUUGUAAACUGGUUGCUAGGUAGCAAGCCGUUUUUGAUUUUCAUAACAACUAUUCAUAUGUAUAUAAAUGCAUUGUUUACACUAUUAGGCAUAGGUUUUCUCGCCACCCAGGUGAGGGUGAUAACACAGGGGCUGACUUUAUAUGAAUACAAGAAAAGGGUUCCCGUGAAGUGUUCCACGAGCAUAAGCGAAAAUUUGCGGUCGGUGUUUGGGGAUUACUGGGCUCUGAAUUUCGUGUUUCCAUUUGGGUUUUUCGUCCAGCAGAAGGGAGACGGUCUGACUUGGGAUGGGGUAAAGUUUGAGAGAUGAUCUCUUCAGAGAGCUUCGUGCUACGCUAAACAAAUAAUGAAGGCCACCAUUUUUAAUAGUGUAUGUUAACUAAUAUAAAAUAUAUUAAAGUUUGUAAGACUAUAAAUUGCGGUCAAUUGAUCGCCCAAUACACGUGUUUAUCUUGUGAAUAAAUAUGGUUGAAAUUUCAACAUGUCGGUAUCAAACAAAAGAUCUUUGACAAAUUAAUAAACACAACCGAUUAUUUACUAUUUUUAACGUCCCUUUAUUUAUGAUUAUAGUGUGUGUGUGUGUGUGUGUGUGUG